UACUGUCUAGUGUGGUUUAGGCACGGACCAUCGCAGUAGGUGUGAGCAGAGCAUGUUGAGCAUCUGAUACAUACCUCUUAGGUCGCAGGAUGGGGCUUGGGUGGGUGUAUUAGUGCAGGUUGGGCCUGUUGCGCUGCUCACUGCCUGAGCAUAUGUCCUGUCAUGUUGAGGUCCUUGUGGGGGGGGGGGCUAGCUAAUGCCAAUUAGCUGGCCCUGCAAUGGCUUGUAUUAUGACAUUGUUUUACCACAAUCAUAUUCAUUCAUUCCAUUUUUUGGAUUGUUAUUGUAAACGUUUGUUUUAUGUAGAGCAGAACGUUCCCAUUCUCAUUUAAUCAUGCUCUAAAGGAGGAAAACAAAAGACCCUUUCAGACUCACAGACCAAUAGGUCUUUUGUAGGAGACUACUCAUGUCUUUGGAAGCCAAUGAAAAUGGGUUCAUUAUUUUCUCAAGUAAUUGACAGAGGGGGAGGGGAGUGUGUGUCACUCAGUGAACAUUAUGCUCUGCCUGAAACUUUCAAAAGUAGAGCUACUUGUUUUCUCUCUUAGGAGUACAUACAUUUGUUUAGACCAUGCAAUAUUACUUUGAUGUGAAUUUUUCUUUUACACCCAUCUAUUGAAUAGUCUUGGGAUUUAUUUGAAGGAUUUCUCUUUUCAGUAACUGCUGCUGGUUUCGAGAGCAAUAAGAGAGGCAGUCAGGAUGAGUGGGGCAGCGCUGGGCAUUGAGAUAGUGGUGGUGUUCUUCCUGGCUCUGUUCCUGUUGCAUCGCUAUGCAGACUUCCGUAAGCAGCAGAGGAUGGUGCUGUUUGGCACCUUACUGGCCUGGUACCUGUGUUUCCUCAUCGUCUUCAUUCUUCCUCUGGACAUCAGCACGACGAUCUACAAGCAGUGUAAGAUUGAUCAUGAAGAACAUGCCUCCGUAUCCCUGGUGACCGCACUGAUAUCCAAUCAAACUGCAGGAAACUCCACCACGGCCACACCCACUAAAAGUGUUCCAAAGGUGUGUUACAAGCCGUGGAGCUACAUUCCAGAUGGAAUCAUGCCUGUGUUCUGGAGGGUUGUUUACUGGACCUCUCAGUGUCUCACCUGGCUGCUGCUGCCCUUCAUGCAAUCCUAUGCACGCUCGGGGGGCUUCUCCAUCACUGGGAAAAUAAAGACGGCACUGAUAGAGAAUGCCAUUUAUUACGGCACAUACCUGCUCAUCUUCGGAUCGCUGCUUAUCUACGUGGCCGUUCACCCUCAGUGGCACCUCUCCUGGUAUGAGCUCCAGACAAUAGGCAUCACUGCAGCCAACACCUGGGGCCUGUUCCUGCUGGUGCUGUUGCUAGGUUAUGGCCUAGUAGAGAUUCCGCGCUCGUAUUGGAACGCCUCGCGGCAGGGUCACCUGCUCAUCAAGACUUACUUCAAGGCAGCCAAGCUGAUGACAGAGAAGGCUGAUGCAGAGGAGAAUCUAGAGGACGUCAUGGAGGAAGUGAGAAAAGUCCAAGAAUCCAUCAAGUAUAACCACCCACUGAGGAAGUACAUCGAUACUAUUCUUAGAAAGUGCCCUGUGGAGUACCAGGAGAAGAUGGGCAGAAACAUGGAUGACUAUGAGGACUUUGAUGACAAACAGAACACCUAUCCUAGUGAGAAGAACCUGGUGAAGCUUCACAAACAGGUGAUCUACGCAGUGCAGAGGCACAACAGGACCCAUGUCCAGUGGCAGAUCCUCCUGCAGCAGGCUAUGCACCUGGAGGACGUGGCCAAGAAUGAGACCAGCUCAGCCCACCAGUUUGUUCACAGCUUCCCCUCCACAGAACCAACUAGCUGGCUCAGCCCAUACACUCCUACUGUAGAAUGGUACUGGGAGUGCCUGCUGAGACAGUGGUUCUACCGGCUGCUGGCUGUGUUGCUGUCUCUGUUCUCUGUGGGUGUGGUGUGGUCUGAGUGCACCUUCUUCAGCACCCGGCCCGUCCUCUCACUCUUCGCUGUCUUCAUCCAGCUCGCUGAGAGAGACUACAACUACUUGUAUAUCGAGAUGGCGUGCUUCAUCACCAUCUUCUUCCUGUGUACCUGCGUUUACUCCACUGUGUUCCGGAUCCGAGUGUUCAACUACUACUACCUGGCCUCACACCACCAGACUGACGCCUACAGCCUGCAGUUCAGUGGCAUGCUGUUCUGCCGUCUGACCCCUCCUCUGUGUCUGAACUUCCUGGGUCUGAUCCACAUGGACUCUGCCAUCUCCCAUCAACUGAAGGAGCAGACGGCCUACACCUCUAUCAUGGGUUCCAUGAGGGUCCUAUCGUUCAUCGCUAAUGGCUUCUAUAUCUACUACCCCAUGCUUAUAUUGCUGCUCUGUAUUGCUACCUACUUCAGCCUGGGUACCCGCUGUCUGAACCUCCUGGGCUUUCAGCAGUUCGUGGGAGACAAUGAAAUGACCUCUGACCUGAUUGAUGAGGGCAAGGAGCUCAUUCGACGAGAGAAAAGAAAGCGCCAAAGGACAGAGGAUGGAGAGAACCGGCGAAGGGAGUGGAAGGAGCGUUAUGGUAACACUCGGGAAGACACUGCCAGGAACAGGAAUAGAAAUGAAGCUGCAGAAAUGACGGAGACCAACUACUCUGAUACUGUGCCUAUCCCUAACACUAGUCCUAACAGACAGGUGAAGUACUCUCGGACUGGCAGAGGAACAGAGAGAGAUUCUAUAGAACUUCUCGAGGACGCAGAGCCUUUGGACUUCAAUGCAGAGACUCUUUCAGACAACCCUCUUGAAGCAGACUCCACCAGGCAUGUACCAGGCAGGUACCUGUCCAUGUCCUCGUCACGGAGCAGAAUCUUUGAUGAUGUUUGAGAAGAGUAGCGAGGGAGAGUCGAAGGAAUAGGAAAGCUAAAUAUUGCACAUUAAUUUUCAUCCUCCACUCAUCCACGUUGUAGGGAAGACAAUACGAAGGAGAGAGACUCUCAGGCUCUGUGAAUGUAGCACGACCUCUUAUCUUCCACUCCACUGUUGGCAUGAUGUAUCUGCUGCUACUUGUCUCCAAUAGCUUGUCUUCUGUCAGAACACUCCAGUGGCUGUUGAUAUACACUUCCCCAUUAGACCGAUAGCUGUCCUCCCCUGUGCAGCAUGUCAUGAAUGCAGAUCCGUACCCCAUUUGGGCUCAUCACUUUCUCAUCCGUUAAACCACUUCGUCAUUUCUGUUAUUACUUAUGCAUGAAUUUCCGUUCAAGGUCCUCUUCCUGUGGUAUCCCCUGUGAUCUUUACAAUGGAUGUACAAAGUGUCUUACCUCAAAAAUCUGGUUGAUGGGCUGAUUACAUUGUUCAUCAUUUUGAUGAGAAGAUAAGUAAUUACUACUAAUUUAAGGAUAUUUUUGGAGGAAGACUUUAAAAUGUAAAAAUUUAAAAUGUAUGAAGUUGUAUUUAACCCACUACAAAUUACUAACUUUCUACUUAUUUAACUGUCAGGAAAAUAGAAAUAGUGGAUAAAAUUCCCAAUGUUUCAAUGGAGCGGCAGGUAGUCUAGUGGUUAGAGCGUUGGACUAACUAACUGAAAGGUUGCAAGAUCAAAUCCCCAAGCUGACAAGGUAAAAAUCUGUCGUUCUGCCCCUGAACGAGGCAGUUAACCCACUGUUCCUAGGCCGUCAUUGAAAAUAAGAAUUUGUUCUUAACUGACCUGCCUAGUUAAAUAAAGGUUAAAAUUAUUAUAUAUAUUUUUUUAAAUGAGUCUUGUGUUGCCAGUCUUGUCCUAUUCUGGUAUAUGGACGGAAGGACCGUUGCUUAGGUCUAUUUCGAAAGCUGCUACCAUAGAAACUGAGUGUACCGUAUUUAGACCCACAGUCCUCUAUUUAAUGUGCAAUCUAUGUGAUCCAGCCCACACUGAGUUAACUCAAUUAACAGUGUUUGUACUGCCCAUAGAUCCUGCCCUGAGAUACAGUAUUUGUUCUUAUCGUUCACUUGAAUUGAUGUGAGAUUUGUGCAAAUUGGAUCUCAAGUUGGAAUUUGGCUCAUAAUGCUCGAGAUGUUGUUGAAAUUGGAGGUCAACUAAUACAGCCGAUACUAAAAAAACGAUUUACCAUUGCUCUUAAUUGAGAUAUGUUCUCUAUGUUCUAUUCCGAGUGUCAAAAUGACCUUAAGUUUGUUUGAAAAUAGUUUUUGUGGAUUCUGUUGAAAGGCCUGUUUAAAAGUAAUGUUCUAUAUUGUGUCAUUAGCGAUUAACUGCUUGACAUAAGUAACGCCUUAUUUAUUGUCAAACUAUUUGAAUUUUAGGUGUUAAAUUAUCUACUGAAGUCUUUUUGGGAUAUCAUUGUGCCAUAUUAUUUUGUUUAUUUGACUGCAUUACAAAAAUGGCAAAGGCAUAUUUUUUCCAGUUAUGAUUUCAUUAUUUUUGGUUUAAUUACUUGGAUCAAGUGAACUUUUUUUAAAUGUAUUGCAUUGAAAUAUUUAUUCUUACGUUGUUCAAGAGGUCUUGCUGGAAGGAACUGUGAAGCAACAGGUCAUUGUGUCACUGAAAUACAUUGUCCUAGAAAUAUGACUUCAUAUUGUGUCAACUUGAAACUACUGUAACUGUAUGAGCUUGGUUGGAUGAGGAAUUCAGGUAAAAACGGUCAGAAGCAUGCAGGUUAAAUGCAUGGUAUUCACCAUUUUGAAGGAGUUGGACAAUUAUUAUAAAAUUGUAAUCUGUUGUAAAUAAUAUUUUAGAUUUAACCAGUCCCCUGUCUCUCAAUGUAUUUGUUAAUGAUGCUCUCUUAUUUAAAAUUGUAUUAUAUGGUUCUAUUAAUCUAGCAGACAAAGGUCAACACAUGUACAACAUGUUAUUUAUUCUAAAUUAAUUUAACUGCAUCUGUUAAGGUCACUGGUAACCAUGGGCUAAAAAAAUAGUCUUGUCAGGUUAGAUGCCCCUUGAACUCCUUACAAUCUCUUUUUGUAAAAAGUAAGAAAUUAAUUAAAUUUAUGCUCCCCAACUUUUGUAUAAUUUCAGCCACUAGUUUUGAAAGUGGUUCGCCCAAGUUAAACAGGUCCCAGUUUGUGUACUACGUAAUCCAAUUUUGUCAUCCAUUUUGUAUGUUACAUUCUGAUUUUGUAUUUUUUGUUGUAAUUCCUAUAUGUUAUGAAUACAAUAUGUUACAAAAUGUGUUGUGCUUAAGAUCCUGGACUGCAUCUUUUAAAGUAAAGUUCCUAAUGAAUUA